AAACGGAUAAGUUUGUCCGGUUUCUCCCUCUCUCAAACAAACCCACAGCCGGAGAUUGCCGUCCGGCCGGCGGCGUCGGCGGCAGCAGACUUCUUCAGAAAUGUUAGCUUCUUGUCCUCUUUACCAUGGCUUAUCUUCGCCACAAUUCCCAGCCUCGACUAAAUACAAGCUUCUUCUCUGCUCAUGUGCUUCUUCUUCUGCUCGUUCUCUGCAAAUUCACUCUAAAAAUCCUCAUUUUUUCCCGCUUCACUUACUAAGUUCAAGAAAAAGAAGAAAGGGAGGAAAUUCUAGUGGUAGGUUAUGGAUUGCAGCUUGUUUGGACUCCAGAGGUGGCGGCGCGGCGCCUUACUCCGUGAAAAUCCCCGUGGGCAACCGACAUAUAUUGAUUGAAACAGGUCACAUAGGAAGGCAAGCAAGUGGUGCUGUCACGCUGACAGAUGGAGAAACUAUAAUGAACUUCUGCUUGGCUUUGGUCUGGAAAAUAUGUUGGUUGCCUAUGUUGAUUUAAAGG